AUGCUCAGCCGUGGCCUCACUUCGGUCGCUGUGGCCCUCGCCGCCUCUGGCCUGGUCGCUGCCCAGACCUUUACGGACUGCAACCCCUUGGAGAAGACUUGCGACCCUGACCCUGCUCUGGGCAACCAGAAGGGCGAGUGCGACUGGACCGACGGUGAUUGUGAUCUCUUCGAGGCCCUGCCCGGCACCACCAUCUCGUACGAUGACAAGGGCGCCCUCUUCUCCAUCUCCAAGGAGUCCGAGGCCCCGACCAUCGCCACCCACAAGCGCAUCUUCUUCGGCAAGGUCGAGGUCGAGAUGCAGGCCGCUCAAGGCCAGGGCAUCAUCACCUCGGUCGUCCUCGAGUCCAAGGAUCUGGACGAGAUUGACUGGGAGUGGAUCGGUGGAGACAACACCAAGGUCCAGUCCAACUACUACGGCAAGGGCGACACCACCACCUACGACCGCGUCGUGUACCACGACAUCUCGGCCCCCCUGACCUCUGUUCACAAGUACACGGUUGAGUGGACCUCGAGCGCCAUCACCUGGUCCGUCGACGACAACGUCCUCCGUACCCUCAAAUACGCCGACGCCCAGGGCGGAAGCCGCUACCCCCAGACCCCCAUGGAGGUCAAGCUUGGUACCUGGGUCGGCGGUGGCAAGAACACCAACGAGGGCACCGUCGAAUGGGCCGGUGGCUACACCGACUUCUCCGAGGCUCCCUUCAAUGCCUGGUACAAGUCCAUCUCGAUCACCGAUUACGCCGGUGGUGACUCGGCCACCAAGGAUUCGAUCAAGGAGUACGUCUGGUCUGACAAGACUGGUUCCUUCGAGAGCAUCAAGGUCAUCAAGGGCACCAGCACCGACGACGACGGCGAUGACGAUGACAACGACGACGACAACGACGACACCACUACCUCGUCUGGCAAGGCCACGGCCACCUCCAGCAGCAACUCCUCCAAGACGUCGGACUCGUCGGACGCCACCUCGACCAGCGAUGGCGACGACAAGUCGACGACUGCUUCCAGCUCUGCUUCCACCACUGUUGCCACCCCCAGCGCCUCGUCUGGCAGCUCUGACUCCGGCAACAGCACCACCACCCCGACCUCGACGUCUUCCGACUCAUCUGCUACCGGCUCUGACGUCCCCGAGGCCGCCGCCGCUGGCCUAUUUGCCUCUCUCGGCCGCGUCGCUCUCGCCGGUGUCGCUGCUGUCGUCAUUGCUCAGGCCAUCUAA